AGACAAUAAGAACACAGAAGAAAGUAUCCUCGUCGUACGUAUAGCGUUUGCACAGAGGUAGCUGUUUCCUUCUGUGAUUCAGUGCCCUCGUAGGCAGUCAUCGUUCUUAUCAACUCUGCUAAACAGUGAAAGUAGAGUGCUUGAAGUGCGUUUCAUUCGUCUUGCAUUGUACAGUCUUCUGUACGUCCCAACCCGGAGUGGAUAUCGAAUAUCAUUUCCAGUGUGGUAAACUUCUCGAGCCAAAUGUUUCCGCAACUGUGGCUGUAGUCUGUGAGUGGAUUAAUUGGAAUAAUGGAUAAAUUCAACGAAUUCUGGGAGCUGCUCUCCGACAAAAGUGUUUAUAUUGGCAAGGAGCUUAUUGCGUACUACAAAACUUUACACGAGAACGAGGAUGGAUCGCCCCUAUCGGAGCAGAGCUGCCACUUUCUGCUGCAGAACUUGUUGGUCAAUCCAUAUCCAACCUGUCAGCUGUUGCGGCUGUUGGCUACCAGCAAAAUACCCCUGAAGAAUAACACCAUUCGGGAAAUUUGCGAUGAAGGAAUGUUGGAUUUCCUGGAGAGCUUCGAGCAGGACGAUGUCGAAAAGUUCUACAAUUUGAUUGCAAAUAAUCUGCUUUCAAGUGGGGCAAUUAAUCAGAUUGUGCCGAUCGUGCUGGAAAUGUUGGACAAGAAACUCAUUGACAGAGAACUACUGUUGUUGGCUUUGGUGUCCAGGAAAUCCCAAAAGAUGCUGAAGCAUUUUCUCAAAAAUCUCGAAAUGACUCGGGAGCAGUGGUAUCACCAGUGCGCGGUCGAAUAUAAGCGGCAUUUCAUGAUAGAUAUCUUGAACAGUAGUGAAACUCUGUUCAAUGACGUGACUCUCUGCGAUUAUGUUCGUGUGUUUCGAUUGAUCGUGGACAUAAAUGAGGGCAAGUCGCAGAUCCUUGAUGUCCCCCGUGAGCUCAAAUUCCAGGACGGAAGUUUUCUGAGUAUGUAUUUGAAGGAGAUGAGGCGAACACAACUUCUACAAGCGUUAUUCGGUGGGCGUGAAGUCGAAUGGGUGGUAGAUGAUUUCGCAAAGGAGUCCUCCGUAAUUGCCCUACACAUGAAGAAGGGGUUGAAAAUUCUACCCCACCACUAUGAUCAGCUUUUGGAAGCAAUCUCUGAGAACGAUAGGUUGAAUGAAGCGAUCUUCGAUGAUUUCAUGUCGGAGAGAAUCAAAGAUGUUCAUUGUUCAGAAGACGCGCGAUCGCUGCAAAUGCUGAUGCUUUGGUCUUUUGUGAUAGACGUCCUAAAGCUAUCGCCUCAUCAGCAAACUUUUGACGACAUUCUCGAAAGCAGAACCAGCAGCAUCAAAGCAGUUUUAAAAUCCAUUGAACAUAACGAAACUUUCGUCGAACUGCUGGAAGGUGUACUAACUCUGUUAUUUGCUCGAUAUGAGCAUCUACCUCGGAGGUCUCAUGGCCAAGUCGGCUUCAUGUGUUCAAACGUUGUGUUGGAGGCGAUUUUGAGCAACUUGAAAUUCGUUGCCGCGCACAAAAUACAUACAGCAAACUACGACAAUGCAAAUGAUGAGCUGAAAGCUCGUCUAACCAAUUGUAUCGAUAUCAUCAACGACGCUCUCUGGAGGAUUUCGUUGUUUUCGAACACAUCAAACAACGAAAUAUCGCAGAUCAAGCUGGCGGACUUCGACUCCAGCAAUGUGAUAGCCAAGCUGCCGGAUCUGGUGCAGGAUGACGAAGACAACAUAAUGCACAGUGCAGAGGCCCUCCAGGAUCGAAGGAAAAAGUAUUCCACCUUACCCAAGCGCAAACAUUCCAAACGCGGUUCCAAACCCCCUCAGAUAUCAUCCAGUGGAUCAACCGGUCCGCGAACCAUGCGCCAUUCCCUUCCGCCUAUGAACACAAUGAGCUCAUCUUUGGACGCGACUAUCACCGAAAUGGUGUCGCGACCGCGAAGUCUGAUUCCGAAAAUGCUCGGCUCGCCGGAGAAGUUGGCAACCUAUUGUCUCGUCAACAAAAAGUUCGACGAAGCCAAAUCCAUUAUUAGAAGCAACAACCUGUCGGCCACCCCCGUAGGCCAUGAGCUGCACUUCGUGGAGAACUUCAACCACAUUCAAGAUAAACUGGGUCCUCUGAUCGCUCGUUACGAUGCGAUGCAAUCGCAACAAAACAGUGGUUCCAUGCUGGAAGACAUUCGAUCCCGGACGGCGAUCGGUUUCGAAGCCGCCAAGAUUAUUAGCACUGUGGAGACGUUUGCUAACGAGCAGAAAAUCCAGCAAAGUGAUCAGGAUCGGCUGCUGCUCGACAAGCACAGUGCACAGUACCCGUUCCUAAGGCUGUUUUGCGGGGACCAUCUUCGCAAUGUUCACCCAAUGGAUCUUAUGCUUGGAUUGCCGAUGAACUACGAUCUCAGUCUCAAUCUGUAUAAUCUCGUUUCAUUGGGUUUGGAUAAACCGGUGGAGGGGUUGGAUGGCAAGAGUUGUGCCUACGUUGGUUUUCUGAAACGACUGCUCGACGAUAUACAGCUGUUUAGGGUCGAUGAAGUGAACGCUGAAAAGCAGCUGAUAACUUUUCGUCAUUUGCUAAGCCAAGAAGUAUGUCCUUUGGAUCCUGCGCAAUUGGGGCAGCUGUUGGACACGCGACGCAACUUGAUUUCGUCGAAAUGCUUGGAGGAUUUCAAAGUAGACUUGCGGAGCAGCCGUUGGAGUGUGUGUAAAAAGAUAUGGAAAUUUGUGGAUGGGGCCGAGAAGCUGAUGCGACUAUUGGGUAGUAGCGAAGAUUUGCUCACAUCAAAUGAUAUCAUGAAGACAGAUCUGCAAGAUAUCGUCGGAAGGUUGGUGUUUGAGAAGAAGGUAUCACCAUUAGUGUUGGAACAACUAGUUGCCGGAACCAAUUCGAAUCUGGUCCAUAUGAUCGUCCAGUACUUUUCGAAAAAAGUCGGAAGAGGAUUAGAAAACAACAUCGAGGAAAUGUACGAUGUUGUUAACUACGUUUCGCUGCGGAAUGACCUGCUAGGUAUUCUUUUGAAGGAACUUGCUGGCUGGGAUACGGGGAUCAACUUAGUCACAAACUUGAAAAAACUUUCUUGCAUGGAGAUCUUUGAGCCCUUGUGCUGCGAUAAAUUAACUUUGCUGGAUAUCGAUCGAUUUCAGGUGCAGUUACUUCUGAAUAAUGUAGACUGCCAAGAUAUUCAACGUCUUCGUAUAUUGGAUUACAUCCUGCAACGAGGUUCCAUAGUCGAAGACUCGGAUCAACUUCAAGUGCUGAGACAUGCCGUUGUGUCGAACUUACUUGAUUCAGUAGAAUACAAUCCAGCGCUGCCCGUGGAAGUGAUAAUUAGAAACACCAAAGACAUCAAUCAGAAAGCUGAGUAUCUCCUGAAGUACAUGGAACGAAUUUUAAAAAGUGAAACCAUUCUGGAGUUGAUCAAUAGCAUUCUUCUGUCUCAAAAUGUUACCUCACUAAGCUUGGAAUGUAAGCAACUGUUGGAAUCGUGGAGAGUCAAGCAGCAAAUCUACUCUGAACUCAGCGCCACGCUCGAGAAUCAUGACUGGCACACAAUACGGAACCUGUCAGAAAAUGGCAUCACGCAAGUAACCAUUUUAGAAUGUUUGAUAUUACGGAAUAUGUACGAUUUGUGUUCUCGUUGGACCAAAAUCCACCCCUUGAAUCCUUCCGAUGAUUCCAAUUUUUUCGACUUCUUUAAACUUACUGUAAUGAAAACAUUACGCCUCAAGGAAGAUUGUUCGGCUCUGCUGGCUAUUAUCGAAGGAAUGCCCAGCGAGCACGUCAUCGAUUUCUACGAGAAUACGAUGCUGCAUGUGAGAAACGUAGAAAUCGUGAAACAUGCGGUGAAAUAUCUGGAAGACAACGGUGAAAAUACGAAGAAGUACCAGAAGUAUCGAAUAUCGCUGGCAAUCAUCGACCGUCUUCCGGAGGACGGUUCAGAAUUCUAUUGGAAUCUCAUAAGUAGGCCGCUGUUAAUUAUUGAGCAGUACCUGAUGAACUCAAAACUGGAACUGCUUUCGACUGUAAUGGAAUCUGUGCGAAUAUUGCUGAAGGAUGAUAUUUGCGCCACCUGUUUCGAACAACGUGAGUGCAUUCGUGAUCUUCGUGGGCGCCUUAAUGGUUCUAUUGAUCUGGAUUCCAGCCACGAUCAUCAGUUUAUCACCAACGAAUGCAUCGAUUGUCUGCUCAGAAUCUACGCAGGAAAAGCGCUCGACUACCGCGUAUCGAGCGAGUCUGGAACAUCGGAGGGAUCUAUGCUGAACAACAGUUUGGAACUGUCCAGCUUGGAUUCGCUGUAUGGAGCGUUCAUCAUGCCGAAAACGCCACCAACUAAGGAUGCCUGGGUACGGGAUGAAGAUGCCAAUCAAUGUAUGUGCUGUAGAAGAAGCGUAUUCUCGAUGCUGAAUCGGCGACAUCAUUGUCGUCGCUGUGGGAGAGUGGUUUGCCACUCCUGUUCCAAGGAGAAAUUGGAAAUUCCGGAACUCUACGAAAAUGUGCCGGUGCGAGCUUGCGAUGACUGUGUGAAGCAAUCUUUGAUUAAGCAAAAUGUUCCAGCAGUUAAAUCCAAUGUGUUGGUUAAUCUGCAGAAUUCCGACGAGUGGCAGUUGACGGGUAAUGUGCGCAACGAUAACAUCAUUCGGGAUGAAUACAGCUACGAGUAUGCGCCGUCUACCAGUCAGUGCCUUGCUAUUUGUAACCUUCAUAGCCAAAACGAAGAACUAUCGAACUUCCUGUUGUACCAUUGCGCCAAACUGGAAUCCUUGCUACGUCCUAUUCGUGCUGGUUAUCCAAACCCUGAAUUAGAUUACGCUUUAGUAUCGAGAAUGCUGCUGAACCUAACAUUGGCGGCCAAAGUGCGCGGACUGGAAUUCACCGAAGCGGACAAAAUGAAAGAACACGCCGAAAUAAUCCUUUCGAUGGUCAAUAACAACUGUGAGUCGCUUUUGCUCCAGGAAUCGAUGAGCAGUAUUAAUCUGCGUAAGCUGAGGGAUGCUCUUGUCCAUGCCGAAAAGUGGACACUGGCUCUGGAACUGUCCCUCAAGUGCGGUUUCUCAACUAGUGGAGUGAUGGCUGCUUGGGGCACCACUUGCUUACGGGCAGGUUGCUUCGAGACUGCUCGAGAUAAAUUCUCCUAUUGCUUACAGAAGCUCUCUACAGAUGCCGACAAUAGCACAAUUUUGAACUGCAUCGAAUCUCCGGAGUCCAAAUUGGCCAACUACAAAACAGCGAUCCCUAUUAAACGUUUGUCUAAGAGCCCACCGCUUUUGCUGGAAAUUAUCAGCAUUCUGGAAUCGACAGCGCAGGCUCAACCCCCGGAAGUAGUCGCUAGAGCCAGCAUGAUCAAGAGCUCCAACUCCUCGCUAUCUUCCAGCAUCCGAAAGAAAACCAAAGAGAACAUUCCACUUCACGAACCCGCCCUGAACGUCCUAAAUACGCUUUCCAAUCUCAAACACAUCACCAAGGGCAAUUUCACCGACUUUCUGCCCGAGCGCCGAACCUUGCGAAGCAAAGAUACUUCGUUAUCCACCAGCGGAAACUCCUCCGGGUACCUUCAAACGUUGGACUGCAUCAUGAGCACUAGAUUUUUCGAAGAGUCCAUGUACUAUUUGUUAACGUAUGGAGCCCAUCAGGACGUGACGAACUUCUUGAUCAAACAUCGCCAAAUUCUCCCGGCCAUGAAGUACGCCCUGAUGCAGCAGGUCGAUCCGGAAGUUCUACUGCAAACAGUCAUAUUACCGUACCUCAAAACGGGUCGACUGGAGAACGUGAUCCAAGUGAUGAGCAGCAUGGACGAGACGCUGCUGGCCUGGAAAGCCUACAUCAUCUACACCUGCCGCUACCUGGAGACGAAUCGAAUGCUGAACUGUCUGUAUAACCUGCAGCUGCUGCUGGGCGAUCCGAUCCGAGCGAGCAUGACCUGCGUGCGGUUCUACUCGAUGGACGCGAAGAACUUCACCGAUCUGGAGGCGAACACGUUCCACCUGAAGAACAGUGCCGCGCACCUGCAGUCCGAGCUGGAGUCGUGCAACUGGGAGGAGAUCAGCGUGGAGAGCAUCAGCGAGCGGAACGAGACGCACAAGAGUCUGCUCAUGAAGAUGGAACCGAAGGAGCUGAACAACCACAUCAACACGAUACUGCGCCAGCUGGAGGUCACCAAGUUUCUGGCGAAUUGUGAAGCCAAGGGGAAGGAUGUGAUCGGAUUGCUGCCGAAGCUAUUUAUCGAAUACCAAAAAGUGCCAACCCUAUUCGGAACGGUCCAUGAGAAACUUCAACUGGCGGUUUUGAUCCUAGUUUGCGGGAAGAACAUCGAGGAAGGUUUUGGGUUAUCCUACAGGGUAAUUCAAGACUUCAACCUGAACAGCCUCCGGGUGUACAGUCUGACGGCGAAGCACUUCAUCGGGGAUUCCCAGGUGGAGGAGGUAGACAAGCUGCUGCAGGCGAUCGUCAGCAACAGUGCCGCCACGGUGGACACGAACAGUUUCUGUGACGAGCUGAUAAAGAAUGCGGUAGAGACGGCCAUCUCGAUCCAUGGGAGCAGUUCGCACGUAAAAACCGCCCUGGAGGGACUGAUCAAGCGCAUCAGCGAGGUCGGACUGAAAGUUCAUUGCUACAUCGUGACCGGCCAGUUGAAGACGGCGUAUCUGUAUGCUAACAAGCAUGGCCGAAUCGGUGAUAUUAGGAAGAUACUGCGACAGGCUGAAGUACUGAACCAAGUGCAUGUGAAGAGGCUGUGCGAAUCGAAGCUGGCCACCGAGGGCGGCCUGCGAAAGUAGAAUUGUGUACGUUAUUCAAGCAAUAUCAUUAUUAUUCAUUGUGUUGAUAUUUUAUGAAGAUUAUAUUAUUGAUAUAAAUAAAUGUUUACUGUUUCUUUAAGUUGGA